UCCUCUAGUCCUUUAUUCAUUUCUGAUCUAUUCGGGUCUGCCUGCAAAAGAUCUAUCAGAUCAAUGAACAUGAAUGGUGAAGAUAGCAGCACCAUCUAUGACACAGUCCAAAAAGAAAGGAUGUAUGAGGUUCCAGAAACCCCAGAAGAAAACGAAGUCCCUCUUUAUGAUAACAUCUAUGAAGGCCUGAGGUCAGAAGAUGAUGCAUAUGCCACUGAGCUGGAAAACCAUGAAUAUGACUCUGUGUCAGUUGAUGUUGCUGAGGGUGAGGAGUACAGCUUGACCUCUUCCCAACCAGAAGCAGGAGACUACCUCCUGCCAGGUGACAUAUGUCCUGAGUCCCAGGAUCUUCAACCGGGUGAGCCACCAGUCUCCAGUGAAGACUGGAACAACUCAAUGGAAAAAUCACACUCACCAGCCCAGGACCGGGAAGAAGUACCCUCACCAGCCCAGGACCGGGAAGAAGUACCCUCACCAGCCCAGGACCGGGAAGAAGUACCCUCACCAGCCCAGGAACCCCAGGAGGAUGGAGACGUGAUGGAGAAAGGCCUGCCCUCUCCAACCUUCCCCACCCAGCAGAGUAGGGCCUUCUUUGCCAGCAAGGAUUCCUCCACCUGCCAUUCUGCUGCUGAUGGUUUGGAAGAAAGUGAAUCAACUUCCACAGACCCUGAGAUUAUCCUCUUUGUUAAGGCCGGAAUCGAUGGGGAAAGCAUUGGCAACUGUCCCUUCUCUCAGCGUCUGUUUAUGAUCCUGUGGCUGAAAGGCGUUGUGUUCAACGUCACCACCGUAGAUCUGAAAAGAAAGCCAGCCGACCUGCACAACCUGGCCCCUGGCACGCAUCCGCCCUUCCUGACUUUCAACGGGGACGUGAAGACGGACGUCAAUAAGAUUGAGGAAUUCCUGGAGGAGACCUUGACUCCUGAAAAGUAAUGAGCUGCUUAUUUAUGAAGCUGAUGACGGGCCGGGGUGGGUCUGUGUUGGAACCAGAAAAAGCAUGGCGUUAGCUUUGAGGAGGCAGAUGUUCAGCGGAGCCGCAUCAAUCCAGAGCCUAGGACCCUCUUUUCAACCCCAGAGGGCUACCAAUCUCAAAACCGCUCCACAAAGUCCAACUCCCAAGGGUGGAUACCCCUGUGAACAGGAUAUGCCUCCUAAGGAGAGCGCCGGGAAGGGUGUCCCCCCUGUCGCCCUAAGUGAGUCCUCUCCAGUUGAAGGGUGUCCCUCUCCAUCCCCCUAAAUGAGUCCUCUCCAGUUCACUUUGCCUGAAAGACCCCUAACUGAGGGCAAAGGCUCCCUCAUUUUAGAACGAGAGCUGGGAGGCUGACAAAAUGUGAAUAAGCCAGGAGAGCGGUAACCCCGUGACUUAAAACCACACCCAAGUAUGCAUAGGAGUCACAAACCUGACAAGGUCUGGUUGGAGCCCAUAUUCAAGGAUUAAAAAAGACUGACUCCUCUUCUUUAAUCUUUUUUUUUUUUUUUUUUUUUUUUUUUUUGAGAGGGAGAGAGAGAGAGUGAGGAAGGGGGGCAGAGAGAGAGAGAAUCCCAAGUAAGCUGUAUAGCUCUAUGCUGUCAGCACAUAGCCCGACGUGGCCUCGAACUCACAGACCAUGAGAUCACGACCUGAGCUGCAAGUCAAGAGUCAGAUGCUUAACCCGCUAAGCCACCAGUGCCCCUAGACUGACCCCUGGUCUGAAGUGAGCCCCAGGGGACAUGGUAAGGAGGAGAUCAG